UCGAAGGUCGUUGUGGGGUGGGGUUUUAGAAAUUCAGAAACCCAAUCAACAAUCAGUCUUCUCUGCUAACAAUGGCGACCCCGGUUCCUCCUAGUGCUGCCGCCGACAACAAGGUCGAUGAGAAAGUCGAUUACUUCAACCUUCCUUGUCCCAUUCCCUUCGAAGAGCUCCACCGCGAAGCUAUGAUGUCUUUAAAGCCAGAUCUUUUUGAGGGUAUGCGUUUUGAUUUCACCAAGAUGCUCAAUCAAAAGUUCUCUCUCAAUCACAGCGUGAUAAUGGGACCUACUGAGAUUCCUUCUCAGUCCACAGAGACCAUUAAAAUUCCAACCGCUCACUAUGAGUUCGGAUCAACAUUCAUUGAUCAUCCUAAGUUGUUGCUUUGGGGGAGAAUAUUGACUGAUGGGAGGCUAAAUGCAAGAGUUAAGUGUGAUUUGUCUGAAAAUCUCACUUUUAAAGCCAAUGCUCAGCUUACGAAUGAGCCACAUAUGUCUCAUGGGAUGCUCAACUUUGAUUAUAAGGGAAAAGACUAUAGGUCACAAUUUCAAUUUGGGAAUGGAGCCUUACUUGGAGCAAGUUAUAUUCAGAGUGUGACACGCCAUUUGUCAAUGGGUGGGGAGGUAUUUUGGGCUGGUCAGCAUAGGAAGUCUGGUGUUGGUUAUGCUGCUCGCUACAACACUGAUAAAAUGGUUGCUACAGGGCAGGUUGCUAGCACUGGAAUGGUUCUUUUAAGCUAUGUUCAGAAGGUAUCUGAGAAGGUUUCUUUAGCAUCUGAGUUAAUGUGUAACUACUUGUCAAGAGAUGUCACAGCUAGCUUUGGUUAUGAUUACAUCCUCCGGCAGUGCCGCCUUAGGGGAAGGAUUGAUUCCAAUGGCUGUGUCGCUGCAUUUUUGGAGGAGCGGUUAAAUAUGGGUCUGAAUUUUAUUCUUUCUGCAGAGCUUGAUCACAGGAAAAAAGACUACAAAUUUGGGUUUGGUUUGACUGUUGGAGAAUAAAUUAGCAGGACUAGAGCUGUGUUUGCAUUGUUGUAGCCAGCUUAGCAAGCAUUUUGCUUCCUUUUACUUGUUGGAGAUUUUUCUUUCUAAAAAAAGAAAACAAAGGAGGAAAUAUUAUUUAUGUCGGGAAACAUCAUUGAUAAUCCACAAGUUGCUGCAGAAAUUUCAGUAGUCAUCGAUUUAUUUGGAACUUGGGCCGAAAAAACUUAUUUCAUUUUGAACUCUUGCCCUGUUUUCCCUUGAGGGGGAUGUAGAGUGAUAUCAGAUUAAUGCAUAUUGUGAGAUUCAAUUUCAAUAAUGUUUCUAGUGCACGUGUUAUACUUACAUCUAUCCAUUUCUUAGGCUUUUAGGGAUC